AUGCAUCAGCACUUAAACAGUCACCACGAGAAAGAAGUUGAAGAAAUGGAAAGAUCGAUAGUACAUAAAGAUCAAGAGCCACGGCAUCAAAUAAUUGGAAAAAAUGAUGCGAAUGAUGAUCUGGCUAUAGCUAUGUGUUCUUCGACUGUGCCUUUCCGCUUCCUCAAAAACAAACAUUUUCGAGAGUUCUGCAGAAAGCUUAUGCUGAACUUUGUUCUUCUUCUUCCCUUUUUUUAA